AGUCCAGGGAUCCUUAGAGAGUCCAGGGAUCCUUAGUGAGUCCAGGGAUCCUUAGAGAGUCCAGGGUUCCUUAGUGAGUCCAGGGAUCCUUAGAGAGUCCAGGGAUCCUUGAAGAGGUUUCAUGGAUCCUUAAGGAGGGUGCAGGUUCUUUAGGGGUUGUAGGAUCCUUGCAGAGCUUCAAGGGAACCUUUAGGAGGUUACAGGGGUUCUUGAGUUUCCAGGGACCUGUCAGGAGGCUGUAGGGGGGUCAGGAUCUGUUGGUUCUGACUGUCCAACAACAUGAAAUAGAAAAGGAGGAGGAGAGGCGUCUCUGAAGGAAACCAGAACAUCAGGUGUUGUGUUGUUGUGUUGUUGUUGUUGUUGUGUCCAGUAUCAGUCCCACUACAGCCGUCACUUCAUGCCUCUGGGGGAGAAGGAGCGUCAGGACCGCGAGGUGUUUCAGAGGAACAUGAAGAGCCGCAUGGAGACGUUCAAAUCCACCCGACACAAACGACACAAGAAGGAGAGAAGCCUCAAGAAGCGCCGAGGAUCCGACGCCAAGGAGGACGGCAGCGACAAACCCAGACGCAACGUCAGCUGGCAGGACAAGAAUCCGGUGGUGGUUCCGGUGGACUCCGAGGAGGAUAAAGGUGACCAUUCAGACCCUGAGAAGGAGGAAGACGUCGGGAUCACCUUCGUAGCUCGCAAGGUCGAGACGCCAAAACAACGACCCAAAUCAGUCCCAGCGGCUCUGGACGGGUGUCCGAGUCCACAGAGUCCGUCGGCCGACCCCCCGUCCCCCCCCAGCGGAGACAGCCAUCUGCCGUGGAAGGGCGGCGUGGGCUCCCCCCCGCCCUGCGUGUCGGUGGAGGCCACUAAGAUCAUCCCCGUGGACCUCCAGCAGGCCUGGAACCAGAGCAUCUCGUCCCUGGAGAGCAUCUCGUCCCCGCCCGCCGCCAACGAGGCCGUCCACCCCCGGGUGAGCGUCCUCUCCAGACUGGGAGGACCGCGCCCGGUCUCCUACACCCCGCCGGGCAGCGCGGCGAGCAGCGCCGCAGGCAGCACCUCCUCCAUCGGAGCGCAGGUGACACUGGGCUCCUUCUGCUUCCCAGAGAAGAAGAAGAAGGAGGAGGAGGAAGAAGAUGAGGAGGAGGAAGGAGGAGCGCUGCAGGAGAUGCAGCCGCUCAUGUCGUCGGUGAGGCCUCCCGGCUCCCUGCUGCCGCCCCCGCUGCCGCCAGGCUCCGCCCCCGGUUCAGGGAGGAGGAGGAACCCCUGCGUCUACCUGAGGAGCCUGGUGACGGCGCCCCCUCCUGGUGGCGGCGAGCCGUACAGCCGAGGCCCCACCCAGCUGUAACGGCACAUCCCAGAUCAGAGCAGGAACUUCACCACACACUCACACAGACGGCAGGCGGCGAGCUGCCUGUCACAGUCACAGCGUCCAAUAGGAACGCAGCUCCUCUCAGCAUCAUGUCCUCCUGCAGGGGUCAGAGGUCACGAUCCCGUCCAAUCACUGCUGCUCUGAUCUGCACAUCACCAGCUCACAUUUAUCAGAUUAGAGGUACAGACAGCUUUUUAAAUCUGAUUUUAUGGCUUUCAUGUCAGCAUCAUCGUUAGUCACCAUGGCAACAGACAUCACAGCUGUUUCCCCUCUGCUACAUAGAACAGCAGAAAAACUGUCACAUCCACGGCAGUCUUUGUUAGCCUCUAUCAGCCUCUAUUAGCCUCUAUCAGCCUCUAUCAGCCUCUAUUAGUCUCUAUUAGCCUCUAUCAGCCUCUAUUAGCCUCUAUUAGCCUCUAUCAGCCUCUAUUAGCCUCUAUCAGCCUCUAUUAGCCUCUGUCAGCCUCUAUUAGCCUCUAUCAGCCUCUAUCAGCCUCUGUCAGCCUCUGUUAGCCUCUGUCAGCCUCUGUUAGCCUCUAUCAGCCUCUGUUAGCCUCUGUUAGCCUCUUUUAGCCUCUGUCAGCCUCUGUUAGCCUCUAUCAGCCUCUGUUAGCCUCUGUUAGCCUCUGUCAGCCUCUGUUAGCCUCUAUCAGCCUCUGUUAGCCUCUGUCAGCCUCUGUUAGCCUCUAUCAGCCUCUGUUAGCCUCUGUUAGCCUCUGUUAGUCUCUGUUAGCCUCUUUUAGCCUCUGUCAGCCUCUGUUAGCCUCUAUCAGCCUCUGUUAGCCUCUGUUAGCCUCUGUCAGCCUCUGUUAGCCUCUGUCAGCCUCUAUCAGCCUCUGUUAGCCUCUGUUAGCCUCUAUCAGCCUCUGUCAGCCUCUGUCAGCCUCUGUUAGUCGGGUCAACUCUUCAUUCAUCAGUAAGACUCACAACUAGGGUCUAAUUUUUCAUUCCAAACAUUUUACUCCCAAAGUCGUAGCCGACGAGUAGAGCUGUAGAGUAGAGCUGUAGAGUAGAGCUGUAGAGUAGAGCUGUAGAGUAGAGCUGUAGAGCUGUAGAGUAGAGCUGUAGAGCUGUAGAGUAGAGCUGUAGAGUAGAGCUGUAGAGCUGUAGAGUAGAGCUGUAGAGCUGUAGAGUAGAGCUGUAGAGUAGAGCUGUAGAGCUGUAGAGUAGAGCUGUAGAGCUGAUAAUUUAAUGGAGGCCAGCGUGAUAGAGAGUGGAACCCUGCAGAGCUCACUCCUCUCGCAUGGAUAUUUAUUGUGUCAAAGCUGCUCAUAUCAAAUCUAAAAAUGUAUUUUGUUAAGCUGCAAAUAUAUAAAAUCUAUAGAAUAGUUUAUUUUCAACGACCAAAGUGUGUAAAAAGGAGCAUAAAGAACAUUUUUACAGUCUGUAUCCGUCUAUAACUGCCUUACUCUGUUCUGUAGCGGUGUGUUGAUUGUCCUCUAUGUUCAUUAGUCCACCAGCAGCCUCCGUAUGUUUCAGUGUUCAUUAGUCCACCGGCAGCCUCCGUAUGUUUCAGUGUUCAUUAGUCCACCGGCAGCCUCCGUAUGUUUCUGUGUUCAUUAGUCCACCGGCAGCCUCCGUAUGUUUCAGUGUUCAUUAGUCCACCAGCAGCCUCCGUAUGUUUCAGUGUUCAUUAGUCCACCAGCAGCCUCCGUAUGUUUCAGUGUUCAUUAGUCCACCGGCAGCCUCCGUAUGUUUCAGUGUUCAUUAGUCCACCGGCAGCCUCCGUAUGUUUCAGUGUUCAUUAGUCCACCGGCAGCCUCCGUAUGUUUCAGUGUUCAUUAGUCCACCAGCAGCCUCCGUAUGUUUCAGUGUUCAUUAGUCCACCGGCAGCCUCCGUAUGUUUCAGUGUUCAUUAGUCCACCGGCAGCCUCCGUAUGUUUCAGUGUUCAUUAGUCCACCGGCAGCCUCCGUAUGUUUCUGUGUUCAUUAGUCCACCAGCAGCCUCCGUAUGUUUCAGUGUUCAUUAGUCCACCGGCAGCCUCCGUAUGUUUCAGUGUUCAUUAGUCCACCGGCAGCCUCCGUAUGUUUCAGUGUUCAUUGUUGUUAAAGGGGCCCGACCAUGUAAAGGGGCCCGACCAUUUAAAACCGUCGACACUCAUUUAUUGUUCCCGAUCCGAGUCGACACCCUACGACGGCCGUGUCGGGCUGUAGUCGGGCUGAUAUCGUGGAGUCUGAACGUCUUUAUUUGCAUCAAUAAACAUGAUUAAAACAGAAAGAGACACAGAAACAUUGGCUACAAGUAUUGACAAAGUCAGAUCUAUCAGAGCUUCGUUAUUACGACUCUUUAUGGAAAAUUAUAUUAUGAAAUCUUCCACGUGACGAGAACGCAACACAAAGUAGCACCUACCAACGAAGAAGUCCUUCCUUGUGUAAACAGAUGAAGAAUGAUCUGGUAUCUGACGGUUUAACAGCAAUAACAAUGAAUGUCUUCAGUGCUUCAGUUUCCUGUGAGCCUGCAGGUCAGCGGGGCUUCACAUCCAGUAUUCCUGCCGGUGGCUUUAAGCUCCUGCUGAACUUCAGUAUUGAUUUCAUGAAGCGGUAGAUGGGAAGCUGGUGCAGCCGGCCGCUGGUGGUAUGUGUGUGUGUGUGUGUUGUCGCCUCAUUGUGCAGCAGUGACUGUAAUAACAGACAGAAACAUGCCGCUGCUUGUAGCGAGGCCUUUCCACUGCAGAGAUACUUGAACUGGAGGUGACACCAGACCAGUGGAGAGGUGGAGGUUACCAGUCUGGUUUCAUCCAGCUGUCAGCGUCAGUGUGGCUAUUUGAAUCACUCAGGCACACGAAUGUGCUGCAGAGCAUCGAGUCUGUCUUUGUUUCGUCGUCAUGAUUCAGACUGUCGGGUUUAAAAUCAAAUGAAACAAACAAACGUGUCUUUGUGCUAAAUAUCUGUCAGCUUUGGUCUUCUGCCCAGAGGACUACAAGUCAAUAAAUGUGAGCUGUGUUUUUCUGAA